AUGAUUGGACGAGGAAAAAUCUCUGUAAACUCUGCAGCUGAAAUUGCAUCUUCUAUUGUUUCUUGUCAUACUAUGCCAAAUCCUGCAAUCCGAGCUUUUGCUAGCUUAGGGUCAGAUACGCAGUAUGGGGGGAACAUUGAAAGGGACCUGCAUAGAUGGCUUCGUGGCCUAUACAACUUCAAGCUGCAGUCAUACACGAUCUACCUGAUGCUUCAAGUUUCUGGGAAGACUCCAAAGCAAACGCCGGUCAAGGUACUACUCCCACACGAGGUGAUUGAUUGCUUGGCUACUUGUUGCCCCCCAUAUGUGUUCAGCUCGAUUCUUCUGGGAAAUUUGGAUGGGGAAGCACGACGUGGUUUCUUCGAACACAUCAAGUCCCUGCAGCCCUGGCAUGACCACCCAGUCUUAUGCCAACCGGGUGUGGAUUUUGAGUCGUUGAUACCGCUUGCCCUUCAUUGCGAUGGAGCACAAUUCUAUAGGGAUGAUGAGAAUUUCAUAUGGUCGUUUGGAUCAGUUUUUGGCAGCAGGGGCAAUGUCAAAGAUGUGCUUCUUAUGAAAUUUCCACUGGCCAUCAUUCCAGAACGUUUCAUGCAAGAUGUGGAAGUACGACGUGAAGUCAACAAUGUCAUCGCACAGCUUGUGGCCUGGUCUGUAGAUCUUGCUGCGAAAGGCGUGGCGCCUGACGUCGGUUUCUACAAUGAGCCGUUUGAAAAGGGUACAUAUCGCUUCUCUAUGAAGGGUCGGCAGCUAUCUUCAGGAUGGCGGGCUUGCUACAUAGCGAUGAAAGCUGACUUGAAAGCCCGGGUGUAUGUUCACAACCUGCAGAGAAAUUACCAGUGCAACUUGAUGUGCGACAGGUGCUUGGCAUGUCAAGGCAAGGACGCGCCCGAUCCCAUGAACUACAAGAAUUUCAGCAGUCGAAAAGCUUACGACCUGACAACAAUCAACCAUGAUGGGUAUGUCCAUUUGGAUAGCUCCAGCUUGACCCCUUGGCUAUCGGUUCCAGGCUUCAAUAUGGAAACAAUGAUGUGGGAUCUUCUUCACAACCUUUACUUGGGGACAGCCAGAGAUUUCGUAGCCUCUGCUCUGAAAACGUUAAUCCAGCAUGGUUGCUACAACUUCUUGGGUGAGACCGACAUGGAUACUGUUCUGUCUUAUGUAGAUGCACGGAUCCGGAAGACCUGUUCAAAGUACAAGUUGGGCCUACCGGCAAAGCCACAGAUCAAUAGCAACAGUCUGAAAGGUGAUGAUGAUUACGCAGAACUAUCUUCUCGGUUCAAAGGUUCAGCUGUCAAAAUCCUUGUUUGGUGGGUGGCGCGUGAAACCAGGAAACAAGCUGAUCGAUUCCCAGACGAUCGUAUCGUGAACAUCUUGGCCAUUUGCGCCUACCACCUGCAAAGGUGCACUGAAAUUCAGGAUGGUGCAGGCCUUGUCUUGACCACCGGCGAAGCGGAAGAAGCAUCCAACAGCCUCCAGGUUCAUUUGCGCACGUAUGCAGUGCUGGCUGACCAUUUCUAUAAACUUAGGAUCAUGAUGUUCAAAAUUCGGUGCAAGGGUCAUUACCUUUGGCACACCUCUGUAGAAAUCAAACUAUGGAGGCUCAAUCAAAAUCUUUUUCAUACGUUUCAAGAAGAAUCGUUCCUGGGAAAGCUAAAAGCCAUCGGGACCAAAUGUCAUGGGAGAUCAUGCUGCCACAGGCUAUAUCAAAGAUAUUUUCUGUGCCUAGCCGUUUACCUCGAAGAAUGUCGAAAGGUGGAUGGGGAAUGA